AUGACGAGGGCAUGGCAACUCUGGCUCUCGCCGCGCCCCCGGAAGCGCACCAACAUCUCUACCCAGUCCUCCUUUGUCACGGCGGGAGACGCAGCGCGGUUCGACAUUCUCACCGAAGAUGAUGGCCGCUGGGGCCUCAGAGAGACACACUUCAUCAACAACCCGCUUGUUAAGGCUGGCAAGUCCGGUCCGCCGCUACACAUCCAUUUGUUGCAGGAUGAGUACUUCAAGGUCGAGCAGGGUGUCCUCGGAGCCAUCACGGACGGCAAAGAGCAUGCCAUCACUAAAGACGACGGCGUCCUCUGCAUCCGUGCCGGCACCAGGCAUCGGUUCUGGUCUCACGAGAGCGCCACCGAGUCGCUCGUCUUCCACGGCUGGGCGCACCCCCAGGACAGGGACCACAUCCUCGACGAGAACUUUUUACGCAACCUCCAGGGCUACAUGGCCGACUGCCACCGGGAGGGCCUGAAGCCGUCCGUCUUCCAGCUCGUGCUGUUCUCCUACGAGGCCUCGACGCUUGCGACGCCGCCCUUCUGGGUGCCCAUCAGGCUCCUCACCGCGGUGAACCACGUCCUGGCGUACUGGAUUGCGGCAGGCCUGUUAGGUUACAAGGCGGCGUAUCCUGAAUACACCGUUCGACCGAGAAGCGACUAG